CCUGGGCCCAGGCGCCAAACAAAAUGAUCGAUUACGUCAAGAAUUAUGUAUGAGCGCUCAAGCUGUGGUAGGCUAACGGUAGUACUAGUCAGCUUUUUAUCUAGUCUUCCUUUUUCAACACACGCAUUGCUGAAACACAGUGAGCGCUACGGCCGCAGCUGGUGAUAGCACUCAAAUCUACAAUUCUAAUCGUCUCCGUCUAGACGUAUCAAGUUUCUUGUUAAGCUAUUCGCGUCAACCCCACAAUUGCCAACCGGUGGAGUCGCUAUUGCAGACUGUGAAAAAGCCGUUCACAGUGAUCUGCAUAUUGCAACUUCGCAAUGCCAUCUGUAAACUCGGUCAACGCUGGAUUCAGCGCUAGCCAUACACAAAACGCAAAAGAGAAUUCUGCCAAUCCGUCUGGACACAGCAAACAUGAUGACGAGACCGGAGACGUUGACUCAUGCCGGUCUUCGAUAGACCAGCACAUGCCAAGCCGCGUUGAAUCACCAACCCCAAUAUCACCUCCCGGAUCUCCGAUAAGGACACCGAGGACCACCCUCCCUGACACACCCUCAAGCCGUACAGGACCACCACGCUCCUUGUCAUUCACCUUCUCCCACCGCUCUUCAUCCACCUCGCGUCACAUUCUCGGAAAUAGCCAACAGGAACACGGUGAUUUUUUUGAAAAUGAUUUAGGAGAUCGUGGUAAAACCUCGUUUCAAAUUAAUUCAAGUUCGUCAAGCUUCCGGGGUGCAUUGGAGCUUAGUCCUUCUCUAGUCAAAACGACCACAGAUAAGAAGGGAAAAGCAAGAGAGAGCAGAGUUUUCGACCAAUACCAUGAUUCACCAUUGGAAGACCGAUCGAAUUCGAUGUUUCCCGAACAUUCUAACACAAUAAUUGAAGAGGAAGAAGAGAAGACGGAGAGGAAACCUAUGUCUCGCUACCAAACAAUGGGAUCUAUUUCCAAGCCCAUUGAGCCUCCCCCUUCGGAUCUCCAGCGCUCUCAAUCUCACCCUCCCCAAAUAGAUCCAAAGAAGCCAGGAACAUCCACAAAAUGGAACAAAUUACGUAGUCUCCUACCUUCCGUUAUCCGCGCUGGGCAACCUGGCGCUCCUGCACCACACUCUGUGAUUACCUCAAACGAGGUAAAUAUUACGGACGAACUCAUAACGGGCGGUUUGUCCACAUUGAUGCUGCGUUUGUGGUUUGAACACGACGAGAAGGGGCGCAGGCGCGUACCUGUGCUCUUCCAUCGUCUCCGCAUACGGAUUAGUGAUAGUCUACAUCCCAUGCAAGCGCAUAAAGCCGUGUUUCGUAUCGAGUGUGAGUAUGCCAAUGGUGCCGUGCGUUGGGUGGUCUACAGGCAGCUUCGUGAUUUCAUUUCCCUGCAUACUCAUUACACCGUGUCCAAUGCGUUCAGCAGUCAAAAGGAUAUAUUGCCAGAGUUUCCUCGAACUAGCCUUCCUUACUUUAAAUUCUUGAAGAAGGAAUCCAGCGGGCGUCACGUCAAACAAACUGACUUUGCUCGUUUGCAACGAGAAGCGCUAGAGGAGUAUUUGCUUAAGCUUAUACGCGCUGUUAUGUUUCACCCAACCGCAAACCGACUCGCAGGCUUCCUUGAGAUAAGCGCAUCAUUCAUUAGUCUUGCUCGAUUUGGCGGUGCACAAUUUAAAGCUGGAUUUCUGCGCAUUGGUACAGAAGGCAAUAGCCCCGGGUUUGGGCGAAAAUCAGCACGCUGGCGAGAGCGGAAGGAGGCCCGGUGGUGUGCUGUUCGUGAGAGUUAUAUCGUGGCCGUGGAGGACCCAGGGGAGACGGAAAUUUGGGAUGUCUUCCUCUUUGAUACAGAUUUUAAGAUCAUUCGGCCCACGCGAUACUAUCGUAAGGGUCUGCACCUCUUGCGCCCAGAACCGGAGGAUCGUGAAUUUCUCGCUCGCCUCGGCAAGACACAGCAGGAGCCGCACCCACAGACUCAGAUAGAGUACCCACAGGCCGAGGUCGACUGUCUCUCUGCAAUAGAUAGUAUCAAAAGUCGCCUUUCACGGGUCCUUCGAAUUGCUAACAGGUCAUCGCCAAAUAUUACAGCCACUUCAAAUGGUGAGGUGCAGGGUAAUCGAGAUAUCACCACGGGAACGGAGCACAUGAGGACAGAUUCAGUCAGCUCUGGCAGCUCCGCAGUAUCAUCUCGUCCUGCGACACCGAUGUUGGACCCGUCUACACACGUGAAUCCUCUGACGAGCAGUGGUCCCGCGGAAGGUAGGGAGAGACAAGGAGAGACAGACGAACAAGAUAAAAGGAAAAAGAAGAAACGUUCGGAUGAUGUCUCAAAGCAUACAUUCUAUGUCGAGAAUUCACAGAUGCGGUUAAAGUUAUGGGCAAGAAAUGAGCGUCAAAUGCUGCAAUGGAUUACUGCCCUAGAAAAAGCUGCUGCUGCGACCCCUUUCAUCGCAAAAAAUCGGUUUGACAGUUUUGCUCCAGUGCGAUUGAACGUCGCGGCACAGUGGCUUGUUGAUGGGCGCGACUACAUGUGGAAUUUGUCACGGGCUAUCCUCAUGGCGCAAACGACCAUUUAUAUUCACGACUGGUGGCUAUCCCCUGAGUUGCAACUGAGGCGUCCUAAUAAACCCAAGUAUCGCUUGGAUAACCUUCUUGAGAGAAAAGCCAAGCAAGGCGUCAAGAUCCACAUAAUUCUAUACCAGGAAGUUUCGAACCGAACUACCCCCACGGAUAGCCAUUAUGCGAAGCAACGCCUCGUGUCGCUACACCCAAACAUUACGGUUCAACGUUCACCCUCACACUUCCAAACUGGUACAUUCUACUGGGCACAUCAUGAGAAGCUCUGCGUCAUUGAUGAGACUAUCGCAUUCAUGGGAGGGAUUGACCUAUGUUUUGGAAGAUGGGAUACGCCACAACAUGUCAUCGUCGAUGACCCGGAGCUAUCGGCAGACAAGACCGAAAUCUGGCCAGGCAAGGACUACAGUAACCCGCGGGUUCUUGAUUUCCAUGCGCUAAAUAAACCCUCUGAGGACAUGUAUGACAGAGCAAAGGUGCCCCGCAUGCCUUGGCAUGAUGUAGGUAUGCAAGUCGUAGGCCAGCCUGCUCGCGAUCUCGCUCGACACUUUGUUGAAAGAUGGAAUUACUUGCUUCGGUUGAAAAACCAUUCCCGGAGCAUGCCUUUCCUGCUACCUCCGCCCGAGUUCAAACCUGAAGAGCUUACCGCAAUGGGUCUUACAGGCACAUGCGAGAUGCAAAUUUGUAGAUCAGCUGGCCCUUGGUCACUCGGUACUUCCAAUCGAACUGAGCAUUCCAUUCAAAAUGCAUACUUGAAAGCCAUCGAGAUGUCCGAGCACUUCGUGUACAUUGAGAAUCAAUUUUUCAUAACCUCGACCGUCGUAAAUGAUGUCAAGAUUGAGAACCGGAUUGGUGAUGCGUUGGUAGAUAGGAUCACUCGCGCACACCGUCAGGGUACACCGUGGAAAUGUUGCAUAGUCAUUCCCCUCCUCCCUGGUUUCCCUUUUCCUAUUGAUCACAGCGACGCUAGCGCAAUCCGAAUCAUUGUCGAGUGUCAGAACCGCACGAUUUGCCGUGGGCCCAAUUCGAUAUUUUCUCGGCUUCGCAAAGAGGGUAUAGAGCCUGAUGACUAUAUCUCUGUGUUUUCGCUGAGAAACUGGGCUAAAAUGCGGAAUGGAGUAUUAACUACGGAAAUAUUAUAUAUUCAUGGCAAGGUUUGUAUUGUGGAUGAUCGUCUGGCAAUCAUUGGCAGCGCGAACAUCAAUGAGCGCUCACAACGUGGCGAUCGAGAUUCCGAAAUUGCUGCAGUCAUCCGAGACACUGACCUGAUUGACGGAACGAUGGCAGGAAAACCCUUCAAGGUCGGACGAUUUGCACACACCUUACGAAUGCGGUUGAUGCGAGAGCAUGUCGGUGUGGAUGUUGACGCCAUGGUUGAUUAUGAACCUACGCCUCACGAAGAAAUGAAAUCGGACCAUGAACAAGAAUGGGACCCAGAAUUCGAGCAAGAGCGUGAUAAUCGCGAUGUUACUCAAAUCAAGCACAUGACUCCCAUGCGUGAUGAGCUUCACACUGCAGGCGAAGGUAUCCAACAAACUGCCAUGAGUGCAAUCCAGCAGUUCAAGAAAUCUAUUGGGAAGGUAGAACUUCAUGAACCAACCAUUCCGGAGGAGCGUAUGACGUACAGCCGUGAAGGCCAAAAAGAGCCAGGGCUCACCAGCUUGAUAGUCCCCACUGUGAAAGAGGCAGAAGUUCAAGAGCACCUGCCGCCAGCUUCGCAAACUGAGAUCUCUCCUUUGAAAGACAAGCUCAAACAUCGACUGGGCGAAAACUUUGACCCCGUCGAGAAGCGCACAGCUGAUGGGGAAGCAAACGGUGCUCCUGCGCUUGCGUCAAAGAAUCCACAGACCAGUGACGAACCACCCCAUCUGGAGUCGGGAGCACAUGACCCGGACGAGCUUGAGAAGACUGCUCUGGAAACCAAGGCCAUGCCCAGGAAGCGUCUCGCUAGCAAAGUCAGUAAUAUAACGUGGGCUGUACAAACCCCCGCUCCCCAUGUAGAUCCAGAGGGUUUUGAAGACCCGAUAUCUGAUGCAUUUUGGAAGAAUGUCUGGAAGACUUGCGCCGCGCAUAACACUGAAAUUUAUCGCAAAGUUUUCCAUACUGUUCCUGACGACCUCGUUACGACGUGGAAGCAGUACAAAGAAUUUGUUAUUCACCACGAACGCUUCUCUAAGCCGGCAACGGGUAGCCAUUCGCCCUACCCAGUAUCACGAGUACCCUCAGAGACAGCUUACGAAGAUGGACCAUAUGAAAAGGGAGGUCUGGCGGAUGCUGCUGAGGAGAGCCGCGAGACCUUCUGUACCAACGAUGGAAGCGACGGCGUCACCUCCAGAGGUUCUCACCCUCGUGGCCGAAAACCUGUGAAUGGGAUAGAGCCUUUUACCAUGCAGGAGCGAGAUGAAAUGGAAGAGUUGUUGAAAGAGGUCCGUGGGCACCUCGUUAUGUAUCCUACGCGAUUCUUGGAAGGAGAGGAUAAUGCAGGGAACUUCAUAUUCAAUGCAGAUAGGAUGCUACCUCUCCCGAUUUAUGACUAAACUUUCUCCCCACCAUCAGUUUGAUGGACUCAUUACGCAUAAAUAAUCGACAAUGUAUACGUAUUACGCGCACUCCCGACAUACGCUUUCGAAGUUCUGCUAUUUCCUUAAUUCUUUUAUGCUAUCUCCAUAUCGAAGAUCACCUUGUCUGGCAGUUCUCCCGCUAUGUGAUCUAGUCUAUUAACAGUAUUAAUAUACGCACCUUCAAGAUACGGGCUGGAGAGAGCCCGGUAAUCAGUAUGCGCCUGAUGCGGGCGGAAUUCAUCCAGUUUCUGUUUGCUUUCGAACAAAAAAAUUGCCCCCAUGUCAUAGCCGUGGUCGAGGGGGUUGAGGACCUUCUCUCCAGUGAUAACGCUCUGAAGCGCGGGUAUUCUUGACGGAAGUUCUUUGAUAAGUUCCUUCACAUAUUCC